AUGUCGAAACUGAUCAUCUUAGUAUCUAUAGCAGUCGUAGCAUCCGGCGCCAGACUGGACCACUUGGUGCAAGGAUAUGGUGGAGGCAACAGUGCACCUUUCCAUUUCGAGAAUGUCAACAACGGCGAUGGAACUUACCGCUUCAGUUACGAUACACCGACUGGCAUAUCCGCUCACGAGAGUGGUGCUCCUCGUGCUGCUGGUCCAGAAGGUCCAGCUGUGACUGCUGAGGGCGGGUUUUCCUACCGCGCACCGGAUGGUCAACAAAUAUCUCUGACAUACACUGCAGAUGAAAAUGGCUUCCAUCCAACAGGCUCUCAUCUCCCCACUCCACCUCCUAUCCCGGAAGCUAUUCUUCGCUCAUUGGAAUAUAAUAGACAACAUCCGUCG